AUAGAUGAGCUGAGGACGGAGAUGGACGAGAUGAGGGACAGCUUUUUCGAGGAGGACGCUUGUCAGCUUCAAGAAAUGCGCCACGAACUGGAGCGAGCCAACAAGAACUGCCGGAUCCUUCAGUACCGGCUGGGCAAGGCCGAGCGAAAGAGGCUCCGCUACGCCCAGACCGGCGAGAUCGACGGCGAGCUCUUGCGCAGCAUGGAGCAGGACCUCAAGGUUGCAAAAGAUGUAUCGGUGAGACUUCACCAUGAGUUAGAAAAUGUGGAAGAAAAACGUACUGUAACAGAAGACGAAAAUGAAAAAUUAAGACAGCAACUUAUAGAAGUUGAAAUUGCCAAACAAGCACUACAGAACGAACUGGAAAAAAUGAAAGAGCAAUCACUGAAAAGAAGAGGGAGCAAAGACCUACCAAAAUCAGAAAAAAAGUCACAGCAGACACCAACAGAGGAUGACAAUGAAGACCUGAAAUGCCAGCUACAGUUUGUCAAAGAAGAAGCAGCCUUGAUGAGGAAGAAAAUGGCUAAGAUUGAUAAAGAGAAAGACAGAUUUGAACAUGAGCUGCAAAAAUAUAGAUCAUUUUAUGGGGAUUUGGACAGUCCCUUGCCAAAAGGUGAAGCAGGUGGGCCACCUACCACAAGAGAAGCUGAACUCAAGCUUCGAUUGAGACUUGUGGAGGAGGAAGCUAACAUUCUUGGGAGAAAAAUAGUGGAACUAGAAGUAGAAAAUAGAGGACUGAAAGCAGAGCUUGAUGAUUUAAGAGGAGAUGAUUUCUCAGGGACCGCUAACCCGCUCCUGGGAGAGCAGAGUGAAUCCCUGUCAGAAUUACGACAGCAUUUGCAGCUAGUAGAAGAUGAAACAGAAUUACUGAGGAGAAAUUUAGCUGAUUUGGAAGAACAAAACAAGCGCAUAACAGCUGAGCUGAACAAAUACAAGUACAAGUCUGGGGCCCACGAGAGCUCUAGGCACCAUGAUAAUGCCAAGACAGAAGCGUUACAGGAGGAGCUAAAAGCUGCACGAAUGCAGAUCAAUGAGCUGAGUGGCAAAGUCAUGCAACUCCAGUAUGAGAACAGAGUCUUAAUGUCCAACAUGCAACGCUAUGACUUGGCCUCUCACCUUGGGAUCCGUGGCAGUCCCAGAGACAGUGAUGCGGAAAGUGAUGCAGGAAAAAAAGAGAGUGAUGAUGAUUCCCGCCCACCUCACCGCAAAAGGGAAGGCCCCAUUGGUGGGGAAAGUGACUCCGAAGAGGUACGCAACAUUCGAUGCCUGACACCUACAAGGUCUUUUUAUCCGACACCAUCUGGGUGGCAGAAGAGCUUCACUGACAGGCAGCAGAUGAAGGACAUUCGCUCUGAAGCUGAGCGGCUGGGCAAGACAAUAGAUCGCUUAAUUUCUGACACGAGCACCAUCAUAACAGAGGCGAGAAUUUAUGUAGCUAAUGGGGACCUCUUUGGACUGAUGGAUGAGGAAGAUGAUGGCAGCAGAAUACGUGAGCAUGAGCUUCUUUACCGGAUCAACGCACAGAUGAAGGCCUUCAGGAAAGAGCUCCAGGCUUUCAUCGACAGACUUGAAGUUCCAAAGUCUGCGGAUGAUCGAAGUGCAGAUGAACCUUUGUCAGUGAGUCAGAUGUUCCAGCCUAUCAUUUUACUUAUUCUCAUCCUUGUAUUAUUUUCAUCCCUUUCAUACACAACAAUAUUUAAACUUGUCUUCCUUUUUACACUGUUUUUUGUACUGUAAGCCAUUCGUCAUUUACUGUUCAUUGUAGUAUUAUUUUCAGUUUGUUUAUUUUGUCCACCCUCCAAGAUAAGAAGUGCAAGAGACAUAGUUUCUGUAAUAGCCACUGCUGUAAAAACACUGAAGACUACUUGUUUGCCAAAACCAAAACAAAACCAAAAA